CUGCUCACAGUCAUCCAAACAACCUCAUCUGUAAACAACUGUCAUAGUGUGACACGCAGGCAGUCAGGCUUCCACGCUGAGGAUCCUCCCAGACGUUUGUUCUGGAAUCUGGAAACUUCUAGAGACUUCAGACAACAGAGUAACAACAUCUCGUGCAUUCAGGACGGGAGAAAAAACAAACACACAGUCAUCGGAAGUGCAGAUCUUCCUGAAAAGCGAACUUCUACACUCACAGGAAAAAAACAAAACAAAACAGAAAAGCUAAGAAUCGCGUGAUUGUGACUAAAGAAGUGAGAAGAAGGAUGUCAGGUCAAACUAAUCCACUAACCAGUCCCCCCCAGGAGACCUCUAGCAGCCACACAAAGACCCUGGAGACAAGGAGGGGAGCUGACACUCCUCCACGGACACAGACCGAAGGUUGUGAUGACGAGGACGAUUGUGGCAGCAGCAAUAACUAUGACAACAAUGUGGGAAAUGAUGUGAAUACAGCAAACCGAGACACUGCUUCAACUUCUGAACAUGCGAGGUCCUGUGAGGUCUCAGACGUGCACAAAGACUAUAUUGAAAAUAACAGACAUAUAAUAGAGAACAAAUGCAAGAUGUUAUACACAUGUACCAGGGAGCUGUACAAAACUGAAACCCUCAGUCGUAUCUUGGAAGGCGGUGAUAUCCAGCUCCAUAACAUCUGUGGUGUACUGACUCAAUACAAGGACGACCAGAAUGCCACAGAGACUAACAGAUGCGGGCCUGAGGCGAGAAAAUUUUUAAAAAGGGAGCUAGAAGAGGAGCUGAAGAUCAAGAUAGAAAAAUAUAAUGAUGAUUAUGGUCCUGAUGAUGAUGAUGAGCCGACCUGGCAGAACCUUGCUAACUGCCUAAACAAUACGGCGGAUCUAGACAAGCUCUGCAGGUUUCAAAAGGAGCAGAGUCAGUGCCUCUCUGUGGAUAUAGAGUCAAAAACGGAGAAGCUUCUCAACACCAGGCUGAGGACAAUGCACUGCUACUGCGAAGGUUUAUCUCCAGCCAGGUCCUUACCUCUAGUACCGCUGGUUGCCGGGGUCUGCGGCGGGGCGCUGGUGUUGUUGGUCAUCUUCAUCAUUUUCCUCCUCUUGCGACGGCGCAAGCUCAGAGGUGAGUUGUAUAAACACGAUGACAGCCAACAUGUCAACCUGUAAACAUUCCACCUGCAACACCGACACGACCAGCUCUCUAGUCAACCUCGGGUCUCGCUACGACAAACGGCCGCCACGCGCUCCGUGACUACUUUACCUUUGAAAGUGCGAGGCCAAUGUCUUAUCUCUAUUUUGUACGACCUUUGUAUAAACGAAGGAAGACUAACAACCCGACUUCUUUUCAACCCAACGAGUCAGUUCCGCAUGAAUGGAAAACAUAUUCUGCAUCUAUUUUCAUCAUGUAAUGGCUGUUUUGAAAACAAAGAAUUCACCCAUCAUCUCGAAAAAGUUGUACCUUUUGAAGAAACAGCAGCUACAUAUGUGGAGAAUCCCAGAAUAAGACUGCACCUGAGUGUAUACUGUGAACAUCCGGCAUUGGAGACAUCCCUCGCCUCUUAAGGUAAGUAUUCACGUCGCAAAUACAGAGAAUUGAUAGAUUAGGAAAACUUUUUUCACCUCGUGAUGGCCAUUGCAACCACACAAAUUUUUCGAGACUUUCUUAGGACUGGAACAUCAUAAUUGAUUUAUUCUGCCCAGCAUUAUCCAUUAACCCCUAGGACAUAGUAUCCUGUACCUUUGAUAUUUUGAAACGUCAACAACUAAUAUUUUUUCACUUUCUGUCACUUCUAGGUUGAGCCCAGUCUAGAAAGCUCAAGAACGAGAACUAACAGAAAGUCUGAAAUGCGAGAGCAGCAGCAGAAGCAUUGACAACUAAAAGUUGACAAAGACUGUGAUUUCUGUUGAUAACCCUGGAUGUAAGAAGACAUUGAAAAUAAUGGAUUUUAUUUAUUGGGAGUCGCCUACUGCCUAGCUUGUUAUCUUGAAAGUCUUUUUAAAAGCAUGUCUUAUUAUUACCUUUCUCUACAUCAGAAAAUAACGAUGAUUUAAUAUUUUUCAGAAAUGAAAGUCACACGCACUGAAGAGACUGCACAGUACGACGUAGGUGUUGUUGGACACUGGAGCAUUAUAAAAUGUGGACCUCCACUUCCUGCUGGAAUUAGAUGAGAAUGAUUUUUAAGACCAUGCUAAUUAGUAAGCGACUAUGCAUACCUGUGUGUGUGU